AUGCGCACUAGAAUGGGAACAGCGUCCUUCGUCAAAUUCUAUAUCAACUCUACUGAAGCAGUCAACUUGGCGCAUUAUUCCAGCCUCAGCAUGCUUCGUGCUCCUGUCGAGGGCCGCUGGAAACAGACCUCAGCCUUGCUUGCUAUUAUUCAAAGGGGGGUUGUUGAAAUGUCUCACCUGCACGAUGCCCACUCUGUAGAAGAACGCAUCUUAACAAACCUCAAAAUUCGGACUACUAGCACUAGCCGCGGACUCUGGUCGUCCGCACCUGUGAUGAACCCGCAAAAUAUCCGCCGUCAACCGCUCGAUUCCACCUUGAUUUAUUGCCGUUCAUCAAAUACUGUUCCCGCAAUUUUGCAGACUUGUCGAGAAUCGCGCAACAUCGGUCUGUAUGACAAAGCCUUCUCUGGAGGCCUGAACCCGCGAUAUGUCUGGGUUGAUUUUGGUCUUGAUACGAUCCAAGCUUCAUUUUGGGAUCUGAAACUGAUGGGAAGCGACAAGAGCCUGUUUCAGCAUUUGGUUGUGGAAGUGAAUGAUUUGGAGUCCUUCAGGCGUCACUACAGCGAUGCGCUCGCUGGCGUCGCAAAUCUCGACACAUUUCGAAUACUUUCGAAGAAGGGACUAGAGGACUGGAGUAUUGCGAUGGAUGAGGUUCCAGGAGCAGACACAACCUCGUCUAUACAACGGGCGUUGACAAUUCCUACCACUGUGCUACAGGGCCACCUUUAG